UUCAUCACGUUCGCAGAUCCAGCGAGUGUGGACAAAGUGCUGGCACAGGGUAAUCACGAGUUAGACGGCAAGAAAAUCGACCCGAAGGUAGCGUUUCCCAGGAGAACACACCCAAAGAUGGUGACGAGGACAAAGAAGAUAUUCGUCGGUGGACUAUCGGCACCGACGACGCUGGAGGACGUCAAAAACUACUUCGAACAGUUCGGCCCGAUCGAGGAUGCCAUGCUGAUGUUCGACAAGCAGACCAACAGGCACAGAGGCUUCGGCUUCGUCACGUUUCAAAGCGAGGACGUGGUCGACAAAGUCUGCGAGAUUCAUUUCCAUGAAAUCAACAAUAAAAUGGUCGAGUGCAAGAAAGCACAGCCGAAGGAGGUGAUGCUCCCGACGAACCUGGCGAAGACGCGAGCGGCCAACAGAGGCGCAUACGAUUUUAUGUGGUCCCUGGCAGGAUUACCUGAUGGUUUCCCAGCGGCGGCGUACACGGCAUACGCGGCAAGCCGCGGCUAUUCUGGGUACCCUAGUUUCGGACUGCCCUACCCGACAGGAGUGCCGGCAGUGUACUACCACGGAACCGGAAGCGAGAACGCAAGCCGCGCGUAUACGGAGACGCCGAUGCAACACGUCCAACGGGCUGCACUUCGGAAGAAAUUGGAUCUAACCAACGGACAGCUCACCCCCAACAACAACACGCCCUUGCUCACGCAAGCUCUUUCUGGAUGGACGAGAGGGCAGAACGCAGCACGGUCGACUGACGGUACAAUGAAGGAUGCAUAUGCCUUGGACAAAUUUUGCACGAUGAACAAUCUCUGGACAGAAGAGGAUGACCAUCGCGUAUCUUACCAUCAUCAAUAAUAAGCGAAUGGAUCGUGUUUAGGUAGAAGAAUAACGGGUUUCAUCAGUAGAGGCUACGAGCUUACGCAUGCGAACCGGUCAUAUAAUCAACGAUAUAAUCAAGAAAAAUUAACACGAUCUUUGAACCGUUUAAAGGGAAAAUCAAAGAUGAAAGCAUUCUAACAGGGAAAUCCGAAUAAAAAAGAAUAGGGAAGCACAAAUAGAAGAUGGGUAAAAAAAAUGAAGAAAUUAAAAAUUGUACAUCCGAUACGCGUCCAGAAAUUUUGCGGGUUAAACGGAAUGGAGGAAAAUGAGAGAAUGUAAGAGAAAUGCGAAGGGCAGAAGCUGCGUAUAGCUAGAUACGGCCGAAACUGCGUAUUGAUGCCCAUUCUCCGACAUUAAUAAAGAAUAAUCUAAUAAUAAUGAAUUAAAUUAAUAUUAUUAAUUGCUAAAUA